AAUAAUAUGUCAAACUCAUAAAAAAACAAUUUGACGAACAAAAAUUUUAGAACAAAUCCACUUUUAGCUAAGAUUUCUUAUUAAACAUUUCUUAACAAAAAUGGCGUCAUCGCUUUCGCCAUUUUUACGGCUGCCCAUCACGGACGUCACAUCGGGAUUGAUCUCGCAUCAGAUAUUUGGACGAUGCUCUGUACAGGUGCAGUCACAUCUUAAUCAACUACUGCCCAUGAGGUCUUAUUUAAGAUGCGGGCCUACAGUCGAAAUGCAGCUGAUGGACUGUUUGGAAGCGUACGGGCUGGACCGCGGCCUCAUCAAAUGCAGGUGCUAUAUCGACGACUUUAAAGAGUGCCAAAUGAUGACAAAGCAGUUUGCCAGGUUCAUGGCAAUGCGCAAGGAACGCGAUAGGCAGAUCCACUGCGGGAUCUUGACUGGAGAAAAGAAGUAUGUAACUCCAAGGAUUGACAGCUAUUAGCAAAUACUUGUGUCCGUCCACAAGUAAAAAAAACUUGUGGCGGAAUUUUAAGGAAGUUUAUUCUUGCACUAAUGAAUAUUACUCCAAAAGAGCAUAUAAUUCCAAGACCAUAAGGUACCUGAACCAACGAACUGACACGUUGUUAGGAACACAGAGUCCUUUACGAUGAUAUAAUUUAUUCGAGCUCAUUUCGUAGUACUGAGUACCAGCCAAAGUUUGACCGCGACAAUUCUUUCUAGCGACGCGGAUAUUAAUUGUUGUUGUGACAGCUAGAGGCACUGUACAAUUUGCCAUAUGAAGUGUUUUAGUCGCUUGUGACAACUGUUGUUACUGUAAAUCACAUGCG